AUGGUUUUAAAUGACGAUAUUGAAAAACUUGAGCAUUUAUCGUUGGUGUCUAAAAUAUGUACGGAAUUGGAAAAUCACUUGGGGCUCAACGACAAGGAUUUAGCCGAGUUCAUAAUUCAUUUGGCGACAGAGAACCCAACACCCGAUGGAUUCAAGCAGGCAUUACGAGAAAAUGGAGGCGAACUAUCUGAUUCAUUUAUGGACAAUUUACUUCGAAUAAUUCAGCACAUGAAACCAUCUAAACCAUCAAACAACAAGGAUUCGGUAAAAAUCACAAACCAGAGUGAAGUGGCUAGAAAAUAUCCAGCAUUGGCCAUGACAAACAGCGCGCCAGUACCUUUUUCAGACGACGACGACGAGGAGGUGAACGAAGCCAUGUCAGCACUCGAAGCCUUGGCUCCUUCUUCUUUGCAAAAAUCUAAUGAAAAUGAAAUUUCUAAAAAGGCAGAGAAGAACGAUAAAUCCAAACGUUCACGAUCUAGAUCUAAAUCAAGAGAGCGAAGACGCAGGUCGAGAAGUCCCCAGAGAAGACAGAGAUCUCGUUCUCGCAAUCGAUCUUCUACGAGAAAUAGUCAAUUAAAGUCUAGGAAUCGUGAUAGGUCAAGGUCGAGAAAUCGGGAUAGGUCCAGGUCAAGAAAUCGCGAUCAAAAGCGACGAAGAUCGCGAAGCCGCAACAGAUCAUCCUCAAGGGAUCGAAGACAGCGACGCGGAUCAAGAGACAGGUCUGAUCGUGGACGAAGAAAUGUUAAAAAUCGCUCGAGAUCUAGAUCACCAAAAGAAAUUCCAUUAAAUCCUGAAGUUGGAAAAAUUUACUCUGGAAAAGUAGCAAAUAUUAUAGACUGUGGAUGUUUCGUACAAUUGGAAGGAUUCAGACGAAAAUGUGAUGGCUUGGUGCAUAUUUCUCAAUUACGACGCGAUGAACGUGUUAGCAAUGUCAAUGAUGUAGUUUCUCGUGGUCAAAAAGUCUUAGUUAAAGUAUUGACCAUAAGUGGGCAAAAAAUGUCACUGACUAUGAAAGACGUUGAUCAAGAAACUGGACGAGAUUUGAAUCCAAGUUUACCAAUGACAAGAUCUGAAGAAGAUGAGCAAAAUCUUAGGAAUCCUGAUAGACCAACAUCACUCUUGGAGCUACAAGGUAACAUUGAUGACGAUGGAAUGGAUUCUUGCAAACGAGUCAAGCGUAUUGCUUCUCCAGAGAGAUGGGAGUAUAAUCAGAUGCUUGCUGCUGGUUGUCUCGAUCGUAGUGAGCUGCCUAACUUCGACGAGAAUACCGGAUUGCUUCACCGUGAAGAUGACGAAGACGAGGAGAUUGAAAUCGAGAUUAGAGAGGAGAAUCCACCGUUUCUUCAGGAUCACGAUACAACCGUUCGUGCCUUGAGUCCGGUGCGAAUUGUUAAAAAUCCUGAUGGGUCACUAGCGCUGGCUGCGAUGACGCAGGGUGCUCUGGCCAAAGAACGUCGAGAGCAGAAGAUGCUGCAGCGUAAAUUGGAGACGGAUGCAGCUCCCGGCUUCAAUAAAAAUUGGGUUGAUCCUCUGGCUGUUAUGGAAGACAAAACUUUAUCUUCUAACAUGCGUGGUAUUGGAUUCCAGUCUCAAGAUUUACCGGAAUGGAAGAAGCAUGUGAUUGGUGGUAAAAAAACUUCCUUUGGUCAGAAAACUAGUAUGAGUAUUCUUGAUCAACGGAAAAGCUUGCCAAUUUUCAAAUUGAGGGACCAAUUUAUAAAAGCAAUCAAUGAGAACCAAAUUUUGGUGGUUCUUGGUGAGACUGGUUCAGGAAAGACAACGCAAGUCACGCAAUAUUUAGCAGAAGAAGGAUUCACGGCAAGAGGAAUAAUAGGUUGCACCCAGCCCAGAAGAGUUGCUGCCAUGUCUGUUGCCAAAAGAGUCGCUGAAGAGUUUGGAUGUCGAGUGGGCCAGGAAGUUGGUUACACAAUACGUUUUGAAGAUUGCACUUCGCCGGAAACUAAGAUUAAAUACAUGACAGACGGUAUGCUUCUUCGUGAAUGUUUAAUAGACCUUGACUUGAAAAUGUAUUCAGUGAUUAUGUUGGAUGAGGCCCAUGAACGUACCAUCCACACUGACGUUCUAUUCGGGCUGUUGAAACAAGCUGUUACACGACGACCAGACUUGAAGCUGAUUGUUACAAGUGCUACUCUUGAUGCCGACAAGUUCUGUCAGUACUUCCACGGAGCUCCAAGCUUCAAAAUAGAAGGUCGUACCUUCCCCGUAGAAAUAAUGUACACAAAAGAACCUGAGUCAGAUUACUUGGACGCUGCUUUGAUAACGGUGAUGCAAAUCCAUCUACGAGAACCACCGGGAGAUAUUCUUUUGUUUUUAACCGGUCAAGAAGAAAUUGACACAUCCUGUGAAACUCUUUACGAGCGGAUGAAAUCACUGGGCCCAGACGUUCCUGAGCUUAUUAUUCUACCUGUAUACUCAGCGCUGCCUUCUGAAAUGCAAACGAGAAUUUUUGACCCUGCGCCAACCGGAUCGCGUAAAGUUGUCAUAGCGACAAACAUCGCUGAAACUAGUCUGACGAUUGAUGGGAUUUAUUACGUCGUCGACCCGGGAUUUGUAAAGCAAAAAGUCUACAAUUCUAAGACAGGCAUGGACAGUUUGGUUGUUACGCCCAUUAGUCAAGCUGCUGCAACUCAGCGCGCAGGUCGGGCAGGGAGAACUGGCCCGGGUAAAUGUUACAGGCUAUACACAGAACGGGCUUUCAGAGAUGAGAUGUUGCCUACUCCAGUUCCGGAAAUUCAAAGAACCAAUUUAGCUACUACUGUGCUACAACUGAAAGCAAUGGGUAUCAAUGAUUUGUUGAACUUUGGAUUCAUGGACCCUCCACCGGCAGAAUCAUUGAUAGAGGCUCUUAAGUUGUUAUAUGAUCUUAGUGCUGUAGAUGAUGAAGGCUUGCUCACAAGACUCGGAAGGAGAAUGGCUGAAUUUCCACUGGAGCCAAAUCUCUCGAAAAUGUUGAUCAUGAGUGUCCAUCUUCAGUGCUCCGAUGAAAUAUUGACAAUUGUAAGCAUGCUGUCAGUACAAAAUGUGUUUUAUCGGCCAAAAGACAAACAACCGUUGGCUGAUCAGAAGAAAGCCAAAUUCAACCAAGCUGAAGGAGAUCAUCUUACUCUUUUAGCUGUUUAUAAUUCUUGGAAGAAUAAUAAGUUCAGCAGCCCGUGGUGUCACGAGAACUUUAUUCAACUUCGGACAUUGAAGCGAGCUCAAGAUGUUAGGAAACAAUUGCUCGGUAUUAUGGACAGGCACAAAUUGGAUAUCGUUUCUUCAGGAAAAAAUUCAGUUCGAGUUCAAAAAGCUGUUUGCUCGGGGUUCUUCAGAAAUGCAGCGAAGAAAGACCCUCAAGAAGGAUAUCGAACGCUCGUUGAUAGCCAAGUUGUGUACAUUCAUCCGAGCAGUGCUUUGUUCAACAGACAACCUGAGUGGGUCAUUUACCACGAGCUCGUACAAACUACUAAGGAAUACAUGCGGGAGGUAACGACCAUUGAUCCAAAAUGGCUUGUUGAAUUUGCACCAGCGUUCUUCAAAUUCGGUGACCCGACCAAGUUGAGCAAGUUCAAGAAGAAUCAACGACUUGAACCACUUUAUAAUAAGUAUGAGGAGCCUAAUUCGUGGAGAAUCUCGCGAACACGACGUCGCCAAAAUUAA